GGGAAGUUUGACUGUUUCAGGCAGCCACCGGCCAGUCAGCUCGUUCAGUCUCGCUUGUGACAUGAAAGGGCGCGGUCCUCCUUACGCAUCACGGUGCUCCGAGCAAUGCAUCACCAUGAACAGCCGCCUACGAUUGCAUGUAAUGGGAGCGCACGCGAAGGCGGAUUGGUAUGGCGCGGGUGUUCCGCCGGCUGCGACGCCGAAGACGGCACGACGGGAACUCUCACCGACGGAAACGCCAACCCAGGAGACAAGUUGGAGGGGUCGGACGCAGCUCCGGACGACCCUGUUCACCUCAAGAGACGGGUGGGACUCUUCAGUGGGGUGGCUCUAAUCGUCGGAACUAUGAUUGGAUCUGGUAUAUUCGUCUCGCCCUCUGGGCUUCUGGAGCGCACUGGCUCAGUGGGCAUAAGCUUCAUAAUAUGGAUGUCUUGUGGCCUACUCUCAUUGCUUGGGGCGCUCGCAUAUGCUGAAUUGGGGACAAUGAACACGUCAUCCGGUGCUGAGUAUGCAUAUUUUAUGGACGCUUUUGGAGGGCCACCUGCAUUUUUGUUUUCAUGGGUUUCGACACUGGUUCUGAAGCCCUCGCAAAUGGCGAUUAUUUGCCUAAGUUUUGCGAAAUAUGCGGUCGAGCCGUUCGUCUCUGAAUGCGAACCCCCGGACACACUCGUAAAACUUGUGGCUGUUAUUGCUAUUGUGAUGAUAUUGGCUGUAAACUGCUAUAGCGUAAACUUAGCGACGAACGUGCAAAACAUCUUUACAGCGGCGAAGUUAGUGGCCAUAGCAAUCAUCGUUUGUGGAGGAGCUUACAAACUCAUACAAGGUAAUACGCGACAUUUACAGGAGCCCAACUUCGCCAGUAGUACGGCGACUCUGGGCAACAUUGCCACCGCAUUCUACACCGGCCUUUGGGCCUAUGACGGUUGGAACAAUCUCAACUAUGUUACUGAAGAAAUAAAGAAUCCAUCCAAGAACCUACCGUUGAGCAUCAUAAUCGGUAUCCCAUUGGUGACAUUAUGCUACGCACUUGUAAACGUAUCAUACUUGGCCGUGAUGUCGGUCAGUGAGAUGACGGAUAGUGAGGCCGUAGCAGUUACUUUCGGCAAUCGGCUACUGGGUCCUAUGGCUUGGCUCAUGCCUUUGGCCGUCACUAUAUCCACUUUUGGCUCGGCAAACGGCACUUUGUUUGUAGCAGGAAGGUUGUGUUUCGCAGCAUCCCGUGAAGGUCAUCUGUUAGAUAUACUAUCGUAUGUGCAUGUGCGUCGCUUUACCCCCGCGCCUGGACUGAUUUUUCAUUCUUUGAUUGCGGUCGCAAUGGUGCUAUAUGGUACCAUAGACUCCCUGAUCGACUUCUUCUCGUUCACUGCGUGGAUAUUCUACGGAGGUGCUAUGUUGGCACUUAUAGUUAUGAGGAAGACAAAGCCACAUGCGCCCAGGCCUUACAAGGUGCCAAUUAUUAUCCCAUACAUCGUACUUAUAGUAUCGACAUACCUCGUGGUAGCCCCAAUCAUAGACAAACCGCAAUGGGAGUAUCUGUAUGCGACUGGAUUUAUCUUUGGCGGUCUACUUGUUUAUAUCCCCUUUGUGAAAUGGGGGUACUCUCUGCCAUUUAUGGACAAGAUAACGGUGUUUCUACAGAUGGUAAUGGAAGUAGUGCCGACAUCGACAACUUUCGAAUACUAGGUAGUCUAAGCCAGACGUUAAAAAGGCGUUAUAUUUACAAGAUUUUAUUUUUGCAAAAUCCCACUAUACAAGUGGAUAAUAAAGAGCUCAAAAUAUCCACCAAAUAUAAAACAAAGGUUCAUUUUUAAUAUUUUUGACUGAUAAGUAUUUGUUCCUUUAUAGUAUUUUCGAAAAUUUACGUAUUUAAAAUAUUUUAUAAUAUUGUUGAUUUUAUAAAAAUAUUUCUCUCAUGUUGUUUUAGUUGUUCAAAUUAAACUAUUGUAAACUUGUUAAGCUUCAAUAGUAAGAUUUUAUCUAUAAGCAUUAAUCAAUUCAUUAGUUUGCACGAAUCAUUCCUGAGAGGUCAUACAAAAACAGGGUUUAAAAUUAAAGCUUCGAAGAUCUAUAUUCUUGUAAUAUGUGUAAAAGUGUACAUAUUAUAAAAUUUUCUCUGCAAAAGUUCGAAGGGUCUCCGAUAUUUCCAUCAGGUCCUCAAAUUUAUUUGAUAAAUAUCGCAUUUAUAAAAUCUUCCGUAACAUUUUAUUCAAAUUGCAUCAAUUAAAAAAUAUUCAAGUGAAUUACGAGUUAAAAAGUUUAAAAAAAUGUUUCAACUCCUAACGUAUUCAUUUAUCAUAUAAUAUGGUCUUUAUUGAGAACUUUACUCUUGAAAUUUAGCAGAGAAAAAGUUGAUGCAGGGGUCUUAACCAGAUCAGUGGUAGCAACGAUUUAUGUAUUUUAAAGCCACGUUUACGACAUUUUUAAAAUAGCAAUUGUAUGUGAUAUCAUAGCCCCUGGUAAAAUUAAGAUUUCUGCUUGUUCAUAUUUCGUGUAACUAUGAGUGAUUGUGCUAAGCUCAUAGUUUGUAGUUCCCAUCUGCUUUCAUUAGGUUAGAUUUUUUUAGAUGAGGUAUAGUGCUUUGUCGAGUAUGCAAAUCAUAGCUUUUUGGUAAGAGAUAGAAACAAAUACAUUUGUUUUUAGACUUAGGCAAAAUAUUCGUAAUUAACAUUGAAGCGACACACAGUUGCAUAAUUGAAUAUCUUUCCCCUGUAUAAGACUAAAUAAUUAGUUAUUGCGGAUGGCAAGUUUUGCGACCGGUAAAAAUUGGUCCUAUCAUUCCUUACCGGGGCACCACUUUGUCGUCCAGGUUGUAUUUUUAUUUUGUAAGUUUUUAAUGUGUGAAGUAGGUAGGAGAUUAAAAUUUCGCUACAUUGCGUUAAUAGUUGCCAAUCAUUGCCAAUAAAUUUGCAUCAAAUGUGGCUUGUUACAAAUAUGCUAGUUUUGCAUAGAAAAAUAAAAAAACAAUAAAUAUUUUCGAUGGGCACAUACAAGUACACACCUAACGAUGUGAUAUUGUUAUGGGUAAAACGGAAUGGUUUUAUUUUGUGUACAGAAAUAUCAUUAUAUACUUCUAUACCUAAAAAAACAGAUUUAUUUAUUGUUAUGUAAUAUACUGUCAUUUGAUUAAAUGAAAUUUUAAAAUAAAGACAUU